UUGAUUAGAAUAUUGGUAGGAAGCAUGGCUUCUAGGCGGAGCAGUCUCUGUUGACAAUCGUGUCAAUAGCACAAUAAUUUCGACGGUAAAUUCAUUAGAGUGGUUUGCCACAAACAAAGCAGGGUCGAUUUGAAUUUUGCAAGUCGUAUGUGAAGCCAAAUUCCCCUCAAGAGGAUUGCUUUCAUGUACAGCUGUCUGUAGUAUUGAAGUGAAGAGAAUCAAGAUGCCAGUGUUCCACACGAAAACCAUUGAGGCAAUCCUCGAGCCAGUUGCCCAGCAGGUAUCACAACUUGUCAUUCUCCAUGAAGAAUCAGAGUCUGGCACCCCCAUUCCAGAUCUCAGUGUGCCAAUCCAAGCAGUUGGAGCUGCUGUGCAGCAUCUUAUAGUUGUUGGUCAACAAACUUUAAAGCAAAGCAAAGACAAAGUUUUGAAACAGGAAAUGCCUGUUGCUUUUCAAAGAGUGGAGGAGUCAUCCAAAUUUCUUAUUGAAGCAAGUAUUCUCCUGAAGCAGGACCCAUUUUCAAAGGAAGCUAAAAAGAAGUUGAUCAAUGGUGCCAGAGGCAUCUUAUCUGGGACAUCAACUUUGUUGCUCACUUUUGAUGAUGCAGAAGUCCGAAAGAUUCUAAAGUCAUGCAAGUCACUACUUGAAUACCUGAGAGUUUCUGAACUUGUCGAAACAAUGCCUGAUCUUAUUACUUUUGUGAAAAACCUCACACCUGGUGUUACAGAAACUUGUAAAAUGGUUGAUGGUAGACAAGCCGACCUUACUCACCAAGUUCAUCGUGACUUGCUCAUUAAACACACAACAAGUGUAAAGAAGACCUUACCUCUUCUUAUCUCAGCAAUGAAAGCAUUUGUUACAACAUUAGAGAGAGGUGGCCAAGGUAGGGCUGAAGCUCAGGAAAACAGGAAUUUUCUGAUAACCAGAAUUAUUGAUGACAUUUUGGAAAUAAUGAGGGUUUUACAGUUGAAAGUUUAUGAUGAAGAAGAAGCAGAGGAUCCAACAACAGAAAUGAGGAAGGCACAAGGAAUCAUUGUUGGCAAAAUGGAUCAGGCUAGGGACUGGCUGUCAAACCCAUCUGCUGAUGCCAAUGGCCUUGGCGAAAGGGCGAUACGAGACAUUCUAAAACAGGCCAGAUCAGUGGGUGAAGCGAGCAAUGACCCACGAAUCAACAAAGUAUGUACAGAACUCGAUCAGCUCAUGGACAACCUAUCGGCCUACCGUGCUCGUGGUCAGGGUAACAGCCCAGAAGCCUUGCGGUUGGCUGAAGAAAUAGGCAAGCGCCUGGAAUACCUGCAGGUAUUAGUAGAUGAUGCCAUUUCCAAGGAAGCAGCAAGUGGCAAGAAGCUGCCUGCACCAACAACAAAGGCACGUUUAGAACAAGCUUUGAUGUGGAUCGAUGAUCCAACUGGACAGAAAUCGGCCAUUGGACAAAGGGCUGUCUCUGUUUUGUUGAUGGAGGGCAGACAAUUGGCAGAGACACUCGAAGGUCCAGAGAGACACCAGUUGCUAGCCACUUGUGACAAUGUCCAAAGAUUAACAAAAGAGCUCGCAGAUCUCAAAGCAAGGGGAAUGGGCCAUACUCCUCAGGCAAUGAAGAUUGCCCAGCAGCUGAAAGUGGAAAUGGAAAAACUGCAGAAUGCCAUCCAGAAGGCAGCUGUUAGGUCGGUGAUUGAACAUUACAUGGACCCAGUUGGGCACUUGAAUGCACUUGAAAAAGCUGCAAAUGCACCUCCAGGUCAACCGAACCGAGAUGCUGAUUUUGAAGAGAGGGCUGGCGCUUUUGAGCACUCGAGUAAGCUUAUGACAGAUACCGCGGAACAGGUGGCCUCUGCUGGCGGCUCCACCAGUCGCCAUUUGAAGGAUACAAUCAAGUCCAAAGUUAGAGAGAUCCGAAUGUUGACUCCACAAAUCUCACAUGCGGGCAAGCUACUUCUAGCAAGUAAUGGCGACCCAACGGCUGCUGAAAACUUCAAAAAGCUCAAGGAAGAAUGGAAAGAUCAGAUCGAAGAACUGACAGGACUAGUUGACAUGGCAACAGAUGCCUCGGAUUUCAUCAAAGAAAGCGAGGAUGUCAUCAAAAAGGACUGCGAAGCUGCCGAAAUUGCCUUGAAGCAAGGAAAUUUGCCUCUGCUACUUACAAAAAGCUCUCGAAUCGCUCGCUGUACCAAUCGCAUCGUUCAAGUUGCCAGAGGAGAGGUUGAAAACCUGGACGAUCCUAAGUUCAAGAACGAAGUAGGAGCUGCUACGGAACAACUGUCAGAACGUGUUUCGCCAUUGAUUCUCAGUGCAAAGGCUGUUGCGCAGAACCCAAAUGAUGCCGCUGCAAAGGAAGGCUAUUUGAGAGCAGCAACUAAGCUGAAAGAAGGAGUGGCUGAUUUGCGAAAGGUGUUUAUACCCGAUGCCCCAGAUAUCUCAAAAUUGAAUAUUUCUGAUGCCAGCCCAUCCAGGCCACCUCCUCCGCGUCCACCCCUUCCAAGCGAGGAGGCGAUCAAGCCUUCAGAAGCACAGAAAUUCGAGGCAGUUCUGAGAGCGCCGCCCGCUGACAAUCGAAUGGCUGUUGCUGCGCAUCACCUUCACUCUGAAGCAACCAAAUGGGCAGAGGAAGGAAACGCGAUCAUCCAAGCUGCCAAGAACCUCGCUUUACUUUUUGCCAAAAUGUCCAAAUUUGUGAGUGAAGAAGAUGGGGAACAGUCCUCUAAGAAGGAACUGAUCGACACCGCAAAAUUAAUUGCUAUAAACAGUCAAAACGUGGUCAAACUUGCAAGACAAGUUGCAGAUGAAUGCCCUGAUAAGAGACUUAAACAGGUUCUGCUGCAAACUGUUGAAAGAAUCCCUACAACGGGAACCCAGUUAAAGAUUCUUGCCACUGUUAAGGCAACUAUGUUUGGAGCAAGAGAUGCUCAAGCUGACCAAGAAGCCACUGAAAUGCUCGUUGGUUGUGCUGAGAAUCUGAUGUCGGCUGUGAGGCAGACUGUGAAGGAAACCGAGGCUGCUUCUGUUAAGAUUCGUGGUCCUUCAUGGCAGUGGACGAGGUCAUAGGUCAGAGAUGAAGGUCGAAAGUUCAGGAAGUAGAGGUCACUCGAGUUUUCUUUCAUCUCAACCGGGACACUGUUACUAGCCAAGGCAAUAAACUCCGUGGCAGCCUGGCAUUUUUCUGAAAUCUAGAUUUUUGACAAUUUAAAAACUUGCAACAAGAUGCUGGCUUCCGCAAGAAGAAUUUCUUGAAUUAGCGUAAACUAAUGUAUUUUUUUAAAUCGCCGAGCAAAUCAGCUUUUUUAAUCAUAGACCAGUUAAUUUUUCUAAGAAUAAGUACUGCGUUCGGAUUAGGAUUUUGUGACACAAAUAUUUCCAGCAUUUAGGCUAUUCAUAGUUUUACUUAACCAAACAAACCCAGAAAUGUUUCUUUCAACAACCUACCUAACCACGAUUCUUUAAAGACUGCAAAUUUUAAUAACUUCACUUAUAUAUUCAAACAUUAGUCUAUAUAAAAUCAAAAAAAUAAUGAUAACCUCUUCGUUGCCACGCCUUACAUUUUUUCAGUCGCGCUAUCUGUUAGAAAAUUGAUUUUUUAUUGAAUAUUAAAGCUGUUUUGCUUCUAGCAUCAUGCAGUAUUUAAUUUGUAAGUUUUAUAAACAAUCGAGAAGCAAUUCAUAAACUUUUGAUGAAAUGUGAUUACUUUUUGCGAUUUAACGGUAAUGCAACUAGGUUGUGGUUCAUUUUAAUGCGAUCAAAAAGAUUGAGUUGUA